UUGAAUCCACACAAGCGGUUAGUGUGACCGACGGGCACAAGGCCAAACUGAAACUGAACUGAAACGACGGACGCAAAAACCAAAAAAUUAAAAUAAUUUCAGUAGACAUCGGUGUGGAAGUCUGUCACAUUUUUUAAAAGCAGUGUGUAUCUUAGUGAUUCACUUAAUAGCUGGCAGCAAUCAGGUGUUUCCAAAAAUAUACAGCCAAUACAGGCCCGAUAACCAAUCCUCAAAUCGGAACAAAAGAGAAAUUUUUUGCGUGGUCACCAGUCGUGGUUUGUUCGGGAAUUGCUAAACCAGAACAAAAUUCCGGUGUCAGUAAAAUGCAAUAGCAUAGAGCCGGAGCAUAAGCAAUUUGAUAAGUAGCAGGUGAAAGUCGGAGACCAGAGAGUCAGGAGAAGAAGCGGCGGAAAAACUACGCCACAAACAAACAAAAACAGAGAGAGGAAAAGUCAUUUGGUAGUAACUACGCAUUGUUUAGCAACGGAUUCGAGAAAUGCCGGAAGAAGAACCGCCACAGAAGCCCAUGGAGGAGGAGGAGGAUGAUGAUCAGGAGCAGGGUCAGGAUCAGGAUCAGCAGUCUCCGCUUGCGCAAGGCGAGUUGCCAAGUCAGCAGCAACAGCAACUCGAAGAUCAACCACAACAGCCGGCCGAGUUAGUCGUGGUUGCUGAAUUAUCUGCCGAGGAGAUGCGCGCCCGCCGUCUUCGAACUUUGGCCGCUCGAAGUGGCAUUCAAAGCGCUUUAGCGCCCUUGACUCCCAGUCCUGAGAAGGCGCCACGAAAGCAGACAAAUGUGUCUGGCGAGUCUCGUCUGGUCCGCGAUGCCACGCCUAGCGACAAAGAGGUUACCCUCCCCACGCCCACACCAGCACCCGCUUGGUCGGAGCUAAGCGGCAAACCGGACAUGGAUGUGGAAAUGAAGUCCGUAGCCUCGACUCCAGUGCAAGAUGUUGAAAUGACUCCAAGCCUCAGCCUGCCAGUCACCGAGGGCACUAAGCGAAGUGGGCUGCAAACCUGCAAGCUCUUCGGUGGGAAUCAUGAAGUGCCCGUUGAGACUGUGGGAAGCCCAACCAAAAGUGCGGAUGAGCAGAACGAGCAACUGCUCUCCCGCCUGCUUAAUGCCACGUGGAAUGAGUACGGUAGCGGUUCCAUAAUCUGUGCCCAUAGUGCCAGUUUUCUGGAGCAGCAGCCCAACCGCCGAUUUGAUUUUAAAUGCAUUGUGUCCAGUGUGCUAAUGGAGGCAGCUUUGAAGAUUUUCAACGAUGAGCUUAACGAAGGAGAAGGCGGUACUACUCUGACUGAAGAUAAGGAAUUUUCUUCCGCUAAGAAAAUUAAAUCAGAUGAUACUGAGGUGCAGGAGAUUCUCGCCAAUGCAGUAGCUACCGGUGGAACGCCAGCCACUGAAGAAACGGCGACUGUCGCUGCACCUGGACCAAUGGAAACGACAAGUAGUGAGGCAGGAGGCGCCUGUGUGGCACCACCGGUGCUUAGCAUCGGAACCACUACCAAACACCACGUGCUUCUCUAUCUAAUCCGUUGUUACCAGAACUAUCAGACGGAGUGUGCCCGAAAGACAUCCCUUACACAGCCUGCUCUGCAACUGGCCUUCGAACAGGUGAUGAGGAUGACUGUUCUGGUGCUUACCGAUCGCAUCCAUCAGAAUCUCAAUAGCCACAUGGAUCAGUCGACACUGCUGGAGCUCAUGUACACAGAAAAGGUGAGCGAGUCCUUCCUCAUUGACUUGAUAGCCCACACGCACCAGGAUCCCGAAGCGUUUGACACCAUUUUCAGUCAAGUACUUCGUGGUCUCUUCGCUGGAAUGCAGCGCAACAUCUGCACGUCGAAGAUCAGUGUGCAACAAAUUGAGUGGCUGGCCAAACUAGUGGUCAUCAAAGUGGGUAAUGUGCGACCCAUCGCAGAUCUCGUGUCAAAGCAGCCAAAUUUCCUGCCGCCCAUCUGUACAAAGAUCUCUGGACGUGAAAUAGUAAAAUGCAGUUUUCUUGGACCCUUCCUCUCCGUUUCCCUGUUCGCCGAAGAGAAUGUAAAGUUUGCAGAAUUUAGCACCAAGAACAAGCUCGAAGAUGCUGCUAGCUCCCGGUUGCGAUGGGAGCUCCACUCCAUGCGAACCCACAUGUACGUUGUGUUCCACUCGCUGUGUGUAAAUGCCAGCAGUCGCCCCAAGACAUUAGAGUACAUUGCCAAAAUUCUUCGACACAACGACCGGCGCGUGCAGUUUGCCAGCGAUGAAAAGCUUCUUGCUAGAGAUGGAUUUGUAAUUAACCUUAUGAGCGUUCUGCAGCAGCUUUCGGUGAAGAUCAAGCUGGACCGGAUUGAACCAAAUUUCCACUACUAUAAGAACUCACUCAUCAACAUCGAACAGGACACGAAGAUUCGGUACAACGAGGAGGAGUACCGCACCUUCCUGGCCCGUAAUUUCAGCGAGCCCGUGGAGAAUGUCAACUUCCAGACGCAGUGCUGGUUCCUCACCCUACAGGCUCAUCAUUUAGGCUAUCUGCCCGCCAUUCAGCGUUACCGUCAAAAGGUGCGCGCCAUCAAAGAGCUGCAGAAGCUCAUCGACGAGCUAGACCGUACCAAGCCCCAUUGGGUUAACUCUCGCUACGCCAACCGCAAUAAUCAGUUUAAAGAACGCUGGGAGAAGCAGCUGCGCAAGUUAAAUCGCUCGAAAACAUGCAGUGAGAUCACACUCUUGGAUCCUGCCUUACUGCAGCGGUGCACUGAAUUCUACUCGACUGUCUGUGAAUUUAUGCUGUACCAGUUCGAGGGACGCCCGAUCGAAGGGCCUUUUAUCUCAAAGAAGCCCGUGCCGCUGCUGAUGCCAACGGAUGACUUUUCCGCACUGCCCGAGUGGUACAUUGACGACAUUGCCGAGUUCAUUUUGUUUACCAUGCAGCACGCCAACGUCGACAUUCGUCAGGGCAUCGACCACUCAAUCAUCACCUGGCUGCUGACCUGCGUUUGCGCCUCGCACCUCAUCAAAAAUCCAUACGUGACUGCCAAGCUGGUCGAGGUGAUGUUUGUGUUCUCCUUAAAGCCAGCCAACUCGGUCAACACAGCGAUGUGGAAUCACGAGCUGGCUCAGAACGCCCUCGUCAGCGCCUUGAUGAGGUUCUAUGUGGAUGUAGAGACAACCGGCCAAAGCACUGAGUUUUACGAUAAGUUUACCAUAAGAUACCAUAUUAGCCAUCUGUUCAAAUCCAUGUGGGAAAAUCCUAUUCAUAGGCAGGCCGUGAUUUGUGAAUCCCGGGUGGGAAAUCAGUUCGUCAAGUUUGUUAAUAUGCUAAUGAAUGAUACCACUUUUUUGCUGGACGAGUGCUUGGAAAACCUUAAGCGCAUUCAUCUGACCCAGCAGUUGCUAUCGGAUAAGGCGAACCUAAGCAAGAUGAACGCGGAGCAGCAACAGAGCCGACUUACCCAGUUGGCCACGGACGAGCGUCAGUGUCGCUCCUACUUAACACUGGCUCGCGAGACAGUCGAUCUGUUUCAUUAUCUGACAAGCGACAUUAAGGAGCCAUUUAUGCGCGCCGAGCUCGUGGAUCGGCUCAGCUCCAUGCUUAAUUUCAAUCUGAAACAGCUAGCCGGGCCCAAGUGCAACGACUUGAAAGUCAAGAAUCCUACCAAGUACGGCUGGGAGCCACGCACUCUGCUGGCACAGAUCUUCGAUAUAUAUCUCCACCUGGACUGUGAUAGAUUCGCUGAGGCCUUGGCUGCCGACGAACGCUCCUUCGACGUGCAAAUCUGCAAUGAGGCAGCAUCGAGGAUCAAACGCCUUGCCCUCCGAUCGGCGGUUGAGGUAGAGCGUUUCAAAGCGCUCACACAGCGAGCCCACGAAAUCUAUGUUGCCAACCAACAGACUGAAGAUGAAUGCGCCGACGCGCCCGAUGAGUUCAAGGAUCCAUUGAUGGACACUCUCAUGUCGGACCCAGUGGUGCUUCCUUCCGGCACAGUAAUGGACCGUGCAAUCAUUACCCGGCAUCUGCUCAACAGCUGCACCGACCCAUUUAACCGACAGCCCCUCACUGAAGACAUGCUGGUGCCGAACAUAGAACUGAAGCAGCGCAUCGACGCCUGGCGCAAGGAGCAGCGCGGCAAACGGAACAACAGCUAAGGCCCGUCCCAACCCAGCCACGCCACGCCCCUCCAACCUCUACUGCUACGCCUAGGUCUAGUUUAAUGUGCAGUUUUAGUGUCUACCUAUCUUCUACAUAUACAUAUAAUAUAAUCUUUGUGCAGGAUUUAGUUUAUUUGUGGCUCCCGCUUUUUGGGUGGUCUGCAAGUAUCAGUAAUCAGUAAACACCGCUCCCGCUAGGAGUUCGGUUAAUUUAGAUGUUUGAAAAAUAUUGAAAAUUUUGCAAAUGUUUCGUUUGUUUUCCUUUUGGUCGCUAAAAAACGACAAAAUAUUAAAUUGUUCGUUUACCCUAAACGUUGUGUGGGUCUUUGGUGAUUAAAAAAAAUUGAAUUUAUUUGCAAUUUGAUUCCCAAAUAAAAAUAAUGAAUAAAACAAA